AUGUUUAGAAGAACUCUUCGCCUGGUCUCGACUUCAACGAGGAGACUCGCAGAAUAUAAGAGGAAGGAAAACCCCUCGUAUAAUGAGUUGGCAGCCCGGAUCGACCCCAUCGUCAGAACCGGAGAGUCGAUCGAUGUCAAGAGGGCUCGCUUGACUUACCAGUCCAGAAAGAGAGGAAUCUUGGAGAGUGACUUGUUGUUGUCGAGGUUUGCCAAGAAGCAUUUGCACAAGUUCAACUACGAGGAGCUUGACGAGUAUGACAAGUUGUUGGAUGAGCCUGAUUGGGACAUUUACUAUUGGGCCACCAAGAACUAUGACGUGACCCCUUUGCCAGACAAGUGGAAGGAUCUGAAGAUCCUUUCUUUGUUGCAAGCCGACGCCGAGAACCCCGAGAAGGAGAUCAUGAGGAUGCCUGACUUGCACUAA